AUGAGACAAAAGAUGGAAUCUCAGGUGAAGCAUGCUAUUGUUGUCAAGGUUAUGGCCCGUACUGGGUCUAGAGGACAGGUAACUCAGGUUAGAGUUAAGUUUUUGGAUGAUCAGAACCGUCACAUCAUGAGGAAUGUGAAGGGACCAGUGAGAGAGGGAGACAUUCUCACCCUUCUUGAGUCUGAGAGAGAAGCUAGGAGGUUGCGCUAG